AUGCCUCGGAAACCCACGCCGGCGGGCAAGCAGAGGGUGAGGACGGGCUGUCUGACCUGCCGGAAGAGACGACGAAAAUGCGAUGAGCAGAAGCCGCGAUGUGCCAACUGUGAGGUGAAAGGCUUCACUUGUAAGUACGGUGCUGAUUUGGCGUUUGUGCCGCCUCGGUCGGGGGAGGCUGGUGGUGGGGCGAGACAGGUGUAUGGCACCAUCACGUUUGUGGAUGACUCGCCGGCUGUACAUACAGCUGCAAAGGAGAAGUCUCAACAGCCCAGCGAAGGCGCGUCGGAGCUACAAGCCAGCGACUUCGAGAAAUCAGAGAUUUCAAAUCCCGUAGAUGCAACUGUAUAUCACAAUCCACCCGAAACUCGCACUACUCUGGACUUGAACGACAUUCUCACCUCAAACACGCCAGUCGAGUUGCAUCAAAGACCAUCAUCAUUCCAACACGCGUCGACUUCUCUUCGCCAAACCCAUGGGGCGUUCAACCAGGGGGUUAACCAUUCACUUCUUGCUCAGAUAUCAUCUCGGUCGACGACAUUACUGAGCAGCAACCAUGAAACAGACCUACUGCGACAUUUUCGCUACCACAUUGGUCCUUGGAUUGAUGUCGGAGACCCCGACUGCGCCCUAGGGAUCCAAGUACUUCUGCUCUCUCGAACGAACAGGCCCUUGCAGGCAGCUAUACUCGCCUUGUCUGCGAGUCAAAGGCCACUUAUUGCAGUUCCUUCGCAUAUGGAGGACCUCGAUAGCAGCCUCCGCUUUCGAGGAGAGGCAGAAGACAGUCUUGACCUAGAAACAGAAUCCAUUGGGCAUGCUGGACGCGCACUCCUGCUCCUCCAAGAUCUUCUACAGUCAGGGCUGCAAGAUUGGAGAAAUCUCCUUUCACCACAUACCGAACCACUUGGUUUCUUGGUGCACCCAGCUGCCUUGGAAGAGGAGCUAGGCGAAGGAAUAUUCUGGCUUCAUUUCAGACUCGACCUGGCAUCUUCAAUCCUCGCAGCCAAACAGCCUCUCAUUCCCUUCCGCUCGUAUAUCAACCGUGACGGCUCACCGAUCCAAACACCCCUCCCUCCCCUCCAACCCCGCUCCAUCAACCAAGUAUACAAGCAUGCGCUAUCUCUGCUCGGCCACUGUCUGUCUCUCAUCUAUGGCGGCCCUGACGCAUCACUUCCUCAACCCGGUUCUCCCUCACAGUUCGCUGCAUUCCCUGCCCUGCAACAGUCUCACUUCUUAUCUCAAUGGACCUUUCUCUGGAGCGACUGCCAGAAAUGGUACAACGAACGCCCGGUCGACGCACAACAGAUUGUGGAUAUACGCGGCGGCGAAGCAGAUCAAAUCGAUCCAGACCAUGACUCGGCAUUGCCGAUCUUGAUCUACACAACACCAAUGGCGCUGGUCGCCAAUGCUGUAUAUCACAUCACUUCGCUUCUACUCUUGGGGCACAAGCCUCGACUUCUGAAAUCAUUACCGGGGCCACGAUGCUUUACGUCGCAUAUCUGGCACGCACAAUCCAUCGCCGGAAUUGCAGCCAGCAAUGAGUCGCCCGAGCAGUGGGAUCCUGUUCUCGUUGCGAGCCUCUUGCUGAUUGCACGGGAUAUGACCCACCAGUCACAACAAGCCGUAUUGAUGGGAAUAUUCCGGAAAAUUACGGCUACUACGGGAAUCAAAUUGGAUCGCGAGACAGAAGCGCUUCAAUCUGUGUGGAAGAUUGCACGAUUCGAUGAGGAUUCAGAUGAGAUGGAUAUGUAA